CAUCCGCGGGCGUCUAUCGCGCCUAAUGUCACACAGCAUCCAUGAUUGCGAUGCUCGGGAGAAAGACCAGGCCCUCACUCAGCACUCUCUAUCCCUCAUACCCUUCUAAUUCUAACCUAGCACAUUUCCGAAUCCUAUCUCAACAUUUCUCGGUGUCUUCCCGCGCCUGUCGACCAUCACGUGUUUCUUACCCGUUGGCGAGCCAGCUCAUUACAAAAUGAUGUCCGGCGAGAAGCGACCUGCUCAAGAGGCCUUCGGGUCAUCCAACCAGCUAGUCGUCAAGCGAAAGAAGUCCGAUGCUGGUAUCGAUAACAGUGCAGCUGUGGUCAAGGGCUCUUCGCAAAAUGGGGCUCUCGUGCAAGCAGUUCCCCGCACCAGCGGGCUCCGGGCCCCAAUCAUGGAAUUGACAGGUCAUUCCGGCGAGGUUUUCUCUGUACGAUUUGAUCCAACGGGUCAGCACAUUGCUUCAGGAUCGAUGGACAGAUCAAUCUUGCUCUGGAAUACUUACGGAGAAUGUGAGAAUUAUGGCGCAUUGUCGGGUCAUCGGGGUGCUAUUCGUGAUCUUCAAUGGUCUCGAGACUCCAAGACGAUAUUCUCCGCAUCGACAGACAUGACGCUUGCCAGCUGGGACCUAGAAACAGGUCAAAGGAUCCGACGACACGUGGGCCAUGAAGAUUAUAUCAAUUGUCUUGAUAUCAGCAAAAGAGGCCAGGAGUUACUCGUUAGCGCUAGCAAUGAUGGCAGCAUAGGCAUCUGGGAUCCUCGGCAGAAAGACGCUAUCGAUUGUCUGGAAACCGAACUUCCUAUCACUGCGGUGGCCCUCUCCGAGGCUGGAAAUGAGAUAUUCAGUGGUGGUAUCGACAACGCCAUUCAUGCGUGGGAUCUUCGAAAGAAAGGUAUUGUAUAUUCAUUAACAGGACACACGCAUACCAUCACCUCGCUCGAACUAUCCCCAGACUCGCAAUCGCUUCUCUCCAACUCUUUCGACUCUACUGUACGGACGUGGGACGUUCGGCCUUUCGCACCAACCAAUCGACACAUUCGAACUUUCGAUGGCGCCCCAGUUGGUCUGGAAGAGAAUUUAAUUCGGGCCAGUUGGGACGCAACGGGUGAGAAGAUUGCUACCGGAAGCGGUGACCGAAGUGUUGUCGUGUGGAACUCUAAGAGCGGAAAGCUCCUAUACAAAUUACCAGGACAUAAGGGAACCGUUAAUGAUGUUCGUUUUUCACCGAACAACAAGCCCAUCAUUGUGUCCGGGUCAUCGGAUCGCACUCUUCUGCUCGGCGAACUAGGCAAGUGAACUUGUCUUCGGGGUUAUGUCAGACGUCUAGCGAUGUAAUCAACGUCACGGUACCGCAUAAGAAGCAACUGGAAUAUACCACGCUCAUCAUUUCAAGCUGAACGCUCCGAGGGUUCGUGUGGCUCUGGAUCAUGAUGGUCACAGCAGCACGUCCAAGCGAGGUCUGGGACAUCCUAGGUAGGAGAGUUACUUGAAUAAACAAGAACGAGGUUUGAAGUGCGCAUGACAGCAAAAGGCUACCAUUAGAUCUCCAUUGGGUCACCCCCAUUUCAAUAAUCAUCAGCGGGACACCACACCCACCACACG